AUGAAAGGGAAGAAGAGAAGCCAUCAAUUCAUUGAAGCCGACGAUUUGAUCGCCGACUUCCUCUCCCGACUUCCAGUGCAGACUCUGCUACGGUUCAGGCGCGUUUCGAAACAAUGGUGGUUCGAUUCGAUUGAUGAGGUCCUGAAACUCGGUACAAUUUUCUACUUGGUUGACAAAGUAAAACUUGAACCUAACCCACCUUUUAAAUCAAAGCGUCCAUGGCUAGUUGGUUCUUGCAAUGGAUUGAUCUGUGUACGUGGCGAAAAUGAAGCCAUCAUGUUGUUGAACCCAUUUACGAAGAAACAUCUAAUUUUACCUAGUGUGUCAACUUUGAAUCUUUACAAUCACAAUGUACAUUAUGGAAUAGGAUACGAUCCUGUUAAUGAUGAUUACAAGAUUGUAAGGGUGAUCCGGGGAUAUGAAUCCUUUUAUAACCAGGAUCACUACCACUCUGAUGUUUGGGUUUAUAGUUUGAGAUUGAAUUUGUGGAGAAUGGUUCAUGAUAAUUUCCCUUAUGAACUUAGACAUCGCUAUACUGGUGUGCUUGUUAAUGGUGCUUUGCAUUGGCUAGCUGGUCACCAGGACAAUAACAUUGUGCUCAAGUGCUUGGUGGAUGAAAUUAUUGUUUCUUUUGAUCCCGUGGCUGAGAAAUACUGGAUGCUGCAAUUCCCCCCAUUUCGGAUUUUGGGUGCAUGA